AUGUCAGUCCAAUCAGAGGAUCCGCUGGACCCCUUCUAUUUCGAGCACGAGGAGCAGGUGAUCUGCGGACAGUCGGUUAGUCCCAUAACAGAUGGCUACCAGGAGGAUUACCCCAGCGUUGUGGAUCGCUUCUUCACCAGAUACUACUACUUUAAGGGAGAGGUGCCCUACCAAGUGCUCUACCACUCCAAUCGCAUUUGUCUGAUCUGCCUGGCCCCCGAUCAUCCUGGUCCAGGUCAGGGCAUCUCCUCGGUGAACUUCGAUAUUGGGAACGUAGAUCGCAGCCAGAAUGUGGUGAAGGGCAAGGGCAAAAAGGGAGGUAUGAUCCUCCAGCCGGAGUCCACCUUGGCCCUGCUGACCACCGAGAGCGGGGAGACCUACAAGGUGCCCAGCUGCAUUCGGGGCAAACUGGUGGAGGUGAACACCGCGCUGGUGGAGGAACCCAAGCUCCUGGAGCAACUGCCCGAGGGAGCUGGCUUCUUUGCCAUUCUUCUGCCCAAAAUCGAGAACUGCGAUGCAAUCAAGGCGAGUCUGCUCACACAGGAGCAGUAUGAGGCGCGCCUGAAGGUCAAGAAGGAGGUGCUACCCAAAAUCGAGACCAGCCAUGACCAACAAGACAGUCUCCCGAUGGAGGAGCGGGAAACGUAAUUCUGACCUUAACUCUCAUUGUUAGUCAAGUUUAAUAAAGUCUAUGUAUUAACUUGUA